CAGGAAGGCGGAACCAUAAUGCUGGUUGGCGAUGUUAAUCACGUGACGGGUCACGUCCUUGUAUAAAUACCAAACCUCCCUCUUCCGUAGGCCUCUUUCAAUCGGCGCUGAGGCAAAAUGUCCCACCGUAAAUUUUCUGCUCCCCGCCACGGAUCCUUGGGCUUUCUGCCCCGUAAGAGGAGCAGACGUCACCGUGGUAAGGUGAAGAGCUUCCCCAAGGAUGACCCCAGCAAGCCAGUCCACUUGACUGCCUUCCUUGGCUACAAGGCUGGCAUGACUCACAUCGUGCGUGAAGUCGACAGACCUGGCUCAAAGGUGAACAAGAAGGAAGUGGUUGAGGCUGUGACCAUUGUGGAGACUCCUCCCAUGGUUGUGGUGGGUGUUGUGGGCUAUGUCGAGACCCCCCGUGGCCUGCGCUCCUUCAAGACCAUCUUCGCUGAGCACAUCAGUGACGAGUGCAAGCGUCGUUUCUACAGGAACUGGUACAAGUCCAAGAAGAAGGCCUUCACAAAGUACUGUAAGAAGUGGCAGGAUGACGAGGGCAAGAAGCAGCUGGAGAAGGACUUCGCCUCCAUGAAGAAGUACUGCCAGGUCGUCCGCAUCAUCGCCCACACGCAGAUGAGGCUGCUGCCCCUGAGGCAGAAGAAGUCCCACCUGAUGGAGGUGCAGCUCAAUGGAGGCUCCAUCUCUGACAAGGUGGACUGGGCCCGUGAGAGGCUGGAGCAGUCUAUCCCCAUCACCAACGUCUUCACCCAGGAUGAGAUGAUCGACGUCAUCGGUGUCACAAAGGGUCACGGAUACAAAGGUGUCACCAGCCGUUGGCACACAAAGAAGCUCCCCCGUAAGACCCAUCGUGGUCUGCGUAAGGUGGCCUGUAUCGGUGCCUGGCAUCCCUCCCGUGUGGCCUUCUCUGUGGCCCGCGCUGGUCAGAAGGGCUACCACCACCGCACAGAGAUCAACAAGAAGAUCUACAAGAUAGGCCAGGGCUACCACACCAAGGACGGCAAGCUGGUGAAGAACAACGCUGCCACUGAGUACGAUCUGUCCAACAAGAGCAUCACCCCUUUGGGAGGCUUCGUCCACUACGGAGAGGUGACCAAUGACUUUGUCAUGCUGAAGGGCUGCACGAUUGGAGUCAAGAAGAGGGUGCUAACCCUGCGCAAGUCUCUGUUGGUGCAGUCGAGCCGUCGCGCCACGGAGAAGAUCGACCUGAAGUUCAUCGACACCACCUCCAAGUUUGGCCACGGCCGCUUCCAGACAGUGGAGGAAAAGAAGGCGUUCAUGGGACCACUCAAGAAGGACCGCAUUGCCAAGGAAGAGACGGCCUAAAUGCCGUGUCCUCUAGCUCUGUCUGGUGGUAUGAGUCCUCAUACUGCACUGCGGAGUUGUUUAAUAAUAAAACAAGUGAAAACUC